UCAUACACAGCAAUCCUGCAAGGCUUGCGUCCCGAAUUGGCGUCCACAAACGUAGAAUGUUACCAUAAGCGACCACGGCCAGGUCACUGGAGAAGAUUUGAUGGCAGUGUUUCUCCACCAAUCCACUUGUGCAUGGGUCAGACUGAUCCUAUCAGCAUGUCCUGAGACAACAACGAUCAGCCUACGAAUAGGAACACAAAUGCAUGAUGGCAAGUCCUGCGGGCUGUUGGAAAAGGCCGCUCCUUCCAUCCAGACUUGUUGGCAGGUGAAGCCCGAGGCGCAUGAAAAGAAAGAACGAGGCUUCAUAUCGGAUGUGGAAAGGGGACUUUCUCCUGUAGAGCAUCGGCAGUCACGAUGUACUCGGCUGCAAAUUAGACGAUCAUGGUUGUUACCAUUGCAGCAAAGUGCGGUGGUCUUCCUGCCAUGAAUCGAAGCGAGUUUCGCCUUUGCCACUGUUGUCAAGUUAUCAAGCGAAAUUGGGAUGUGUGAUUCCGAUGUGCUCGCUUAUUGUCGAUCUUGUUUCGGAUUGCGAAAUGUGAUACGGA